GCAGCGCCCAGAUCUUUCCCCUGCAGGGUUAACAACAGUCUCCUCUCGCCUCCUCUGCUCGUUUCCCUCCCUGCCUGCUGCCAUUGGCUGCCUCUGUAGGUUUAAGCUAAGAAGCCCCGUAAUUAGGACCCCAGCUGACACAGGGCCAGGUUCCUGGGCAGGCAGAUUUUAAAAAAAGAAGAAAAUCCCUGGUGGAGCCUGGGUGUUUUCCUUUCGCUUUGCUGCGCAACCUUCCCAGCCAUUCCCCCUCUGCCUGCGGCUCUUUGAAGCAGGUGGAGAAGGGGGUGACCAGCCAUCCCAAUGUUAUGGGGCUGUCCCAAUAUUAGGGGCGUUGUCUUGUAUAAAGCCACUAUCCUCCCCUCCCUGGGAAAAAAAAGUGUCCCGAUUUUUUCACCCUUGUUUUCUGGUCACCCCUCGCUGGGGCGCGACAGGAAAAGGGCAGGAAUACAAACCUCUUUGCGUCUGGGCGAAGCAGAUCUGGGCUCCGGCGCUGGAAGGAGGGGACCCCCAGGAAGCGACAGCUUUGUUUCAGUUCUUGCUUCCUGCUGAUGUCCCUGCCGAGCCCUACAUGGCCCCAGAGAGACACACCUCCCUGCAGUGGGACACUCGCCGGCCUCGCACCCACCUCCUCUUCGGACAGUGACUCCGGCUGCGCCCUGGAAGAGUACCUGGAGCCCGCAGCAGACGCUGCCCCAGCAGAGGUAUCUUCGUGCUUCGACUCUCCCUCAGCGGACACGGUGCCUGCUGCCAUCAGGAGCCAGCUCCGCAUCAAAUCUCUCCUUCGGCAGCUGCCCCCGCAGGACUGCAAUGACAGGUACUGCCCCGGCCUUGGGGGGGAGGACAGGAGGCGACUGCAAGCAUUCAGCGCCCGUCGCAGGCAGGAGUCACUGGGGCAGGGAUUUGCGUGCCUUGUGCCCUCUGCCCGCCUUUGUGAAAAGUGCGGCAGGAGGUUGAACACAGGGGACCUGGGGGUUUUUGCAUCCAGGCUGGGAGACCGGUCCUGCUGGCAUCCCUCCUGCUUUGUCUGCCACUCCUGCCACCAGCCUCUGGUUGACCUGAUCUACUUCCACCAGGAGGGGAAGAUCUUCUGCGGCCGACACCACGCGGAGUUCUUCCGGCCACGCUGCGCCGCAUGCGAUCAGCUGAUCUUCACAGACGAGUGCAUGGAGGCCGAGGGCAGGCGCUGGCAUCUGGGGCACUUCUGCUGCCUGGAGUGCGACCUGCCUCUUGGGGGGCAGAGGUACGUCAUGAACGGCGGCAGACCCUGCUGCUGCAGCUGCUUCGAGAGCCUCUACGCAGAGCUCUGCCAGGCCUGCGGCGAGCUCAUCGGUGUGGACAGCGAGCAGGCCACUCACCAAGGCCAGCACUGGCAUGCCCGGGCCUCUUGCUUCCGCUGCACCCUCUGCCAGAAACCGCUGCGAGGGCAGCCGGUCACGUCCCACCACAACCUCCUCUACUGCUCCGAGGCCUGCAGCUUGGAGAAGGCGACAGGGGCCUCCACAGCCUCGGAUUCGUCCGACUCCGCCUUCGUCUCGGCUCCGUCUCCUGACUCAACGCCUGUCUCCCGGGCCAGCAGCAAGAGCGGCAGGAGCGCCCCGGGGCCAGGGAGUGCCCCUCCGGCUCCAGCAAUGGGUGGCGAUUCCUGUCAACGGAGGGCAGAGGCGGAGGAGAUGGAGGACUCUCCAGAUCAAGCCUCCACGCGCCCCGCACGCAGAAGCCAGGAUGGCCACGGGACAGCAUUCCAGGAGAGCAGUAAGGGAACUCCCUUCCCCAGCGCGCUGUCACAAGCAGCUGCCGCUCCCCCGGGGCAGGAACGAUCCUCCACCACCCUGCCCAGUGAACUGGGUCUGAAUGGACCUGGGGCCUUGGGCGACCAGCUCCCAGGGAGCACGCUCGCAAGGCUUCCCCCAGGCCGGGGAGCUCCGCGCUUUAGAGUCAGUUCAUCCACUGACCCCAGUCCGGCAGCACGACAGAGCCCGGGCCCAUCGCUCAAGGAUGCCCGUCCACCGGAUGUCAUGGAGGAAGAAGAUUCCUGGUGCCCGACCUGCUCUUCCUCCUCGGACUCAGACUCGGAGCAGGAGGGCUUCUUCUUUGGGAAACCGAUCCCGAAGGCUGGGCCAGCCCUCCCCGACAGGGAACGGAGCGGCCUUGGCAGGGCUGCAGGAAGGAGCAAGCACUUGGCCAGGCUGCGAGGAAGCCGCAAACACUGCAGCAUUUCCUAGCACAGGGAAGGCUGGGCAAAGAGCAAGGGCUCCCCAGGCAGCAUGGAAAGGACAGAAAGGGGGUGGAUGGCAGGAGGAAGAACUUGUUACUUAGCCAAGUGUAUUUAACCAGAGGGUCCCCCCAGUAGACAAGCCAGGGGACCAGAAGUAGCCCCAUGAUGAAGAACAGGUACAGCAAGCUGGGGAGGGGAAGGCAGACAGCCCUCAGGGGGAGGCACAAACAUCCCCUCUCUUACCUCACACCCAGACAUGGGAAAAGUCAAACCAGCCAGCCCUGUUUGUUCUCCAGAGCCUGCUUCACUGUGAAAUGCAGGGGGGGUGGGGUUGUUAACACAGCAACGGUGCCUGCAAUCCAAAUCUCUCCAUUGCCCUAUCAAAGGAUUUUGCAAGCACUGGAGAGCUCCGAGGGGCAGGACACAGGAGGGGCAGGACACAGGUGGCUCGGUUUGGCUGCUCCGGCAAAGGGGAACUCUUGCUCUGAGGACCUCCCUGCUGAGAAUCCCGUUCAGGGAGGUGCGCACAUUCAGGGGUGGCCUGGCCCCUUUCGCCAGCCCACCGGGACCGAUCAAAGAUGGACACCGGAUCCUUCAGCUCAGGGCCGAGUGCGGCUUUCUCCCCCACGGUGAAAGCUCUGAAGGAGGAUGACUGGACUUUGGAGAGGGAAGAAGGGUUUUGAAAUCCUCCAAUCAAACUGUAAGCAACGAAGCGCCCCCAGCCCGGGGGUGGUGAGGGGCAGACUGUGAAUGUGCCAGAGUAUUCAAGAGAUCAGUUCCUAAGCUUCACCAAAAAAGUUCAACCUGAACUUUGAAUGGACCUGAACUUUGAAUGGACCUGAAAGGGGUUGGCGUGUGAAUAAGAGAAGCAGGUCUGGGUGGGACAUGUUCUGCCACCUGCCUGUCUGCUGCCUGCAGGAGGAAGAAGGAAAGGGCCUCACUGCAUUAAGGGGGUCCAGUCGCUGCUCGCAAGGGGCUUCCCUUCCACUCAGGGUACGUCUACACUACAGCUGCUGUAGAAGCCCAGCUAUGUAGUGCUUCCCACAAUCACGGAAGGAAUUUUUUCCAUCCAUGCCGUUAAUGUGCUUCCCUGAGAGGCGAUAGCUGCCUCGAUGGAAGAAUCCUUCCGUUGGCCUGCCUGCGUCUGCACAAGGGAUCAGGUUGGCCUAAAUUUUAGGCGUGGACCAGAUCUAAGUCAUUGGCACGGAAUAUGCUGGCGGGAUAGAGCACAGCUUUUAAACAGGAGGGGGUGGGAGUGCUGCAGGGCUGGCAGAAGGAGCCCAGGUAUGGAAGAGCAGGGGAGCUGCAAGUCAGGAGCGAAGUGCAUCAGCAGAGCUGGGUAGGGAGUCCAGGAUUGCAAUCACAGAAGAGCAGGGCGGCCAUGCUUCCGUAGAGCUGCCUUGGGACUGAGGAUUAAGCUGGCCUAGGGCCAUAUUUUUAGAAGAGUCCAGCUCCGAUUUAGACAGAAAAUUAAGCAGACAGAAGAGCCCAGCACACUGGGUGCUGAGGGCUUGAAAAUAAUCCAGCCCUGAGCUCCUUUAAAAAUCCCACCUCCUGUAGCUACCUGCAUCACACCUUGCGCCAAGCAGAGCCACCAGUUCCUCCUACGGGAGAAACGCCCCAAACUGAAUGUUUUGAAACAAGCUUGUAAUGGCCUCAACCAAACAGCUGCUGCCUUAUUUACCAGCUUCCCCGUUAACUCCCCUCAGUGGCUCCGUCUGUGAGCGGCUGUAUUCACACUCGAGCAGACUGACACAGGAAUGCUGAUGGCGCAGGGGCAGCUGCAGGGGGGCGCUCUGCCCUCCGCCUGCUAUUUUAUUUUUCAGAGAUAAAACAAUUUUCGCCAGAAACAAACAAACAAAGAAACAUUUCAAAGUUCAGGGAAGCCAAGCGGGGACUCCUCUCCUUCAAGGAGACCAUGAGGCUCAGGGGCCCUGAUCCUGGCCGGGUGAAACCGCUGCAAGUAUUAUCCCGAGGAGGCUGUCGCUCAUCACUCACAGCCUCGGCUUCUGUCAGCCCCGCCCGAGAACCCUCCACCCAUCCCCAGCCCCUCUGGCACCACUUAUCCAUCCCCACGGCUACUGACCCCUUCGGCCCUACCCCCAGGCAGUCCCCUCCCCUCCUAAAUC